CCUGUCACAGCUAGCUUUACUUCUGCUUGGCAUAUUUGUGUUUGGAAAAAGAAUUGAUAUUCCCUUUACUUUCAGGAAUUAAGGAUAAUCAGUAAACGGUUUGCAAAAAUAUCUAAAUAUUAUCGGUUGACCCACCAGUGAAAAAAGGCACAAAACUUAAGGAGGCUUCAGUAGACAGCUUUCUUGGUUCUAAAGUUGAGCCAUGUCAACAUCAUUUGCAAGAACCAAUGCUCCAAGGCAACCACCGACCCCCCAGCAAAUUCAAAAGCUGCUGGAUGAGAAUGGACACCUAAUCCAAACUAUUCAGGAAUUUCAAAGUAAAGGAAAAGCUCAAGAAGUCAUGCAGUAUCAAACACAAUUGCAUAGAAAUUUGGUAUUUUUGGCUACUAUUGCAGAUAAUGCGCAAAAUGUGAAUUCUUUACUCCCAAUGAUUCAAUUGCCAGGACCUGGUGGUCCUCCACCAGCAGCUCAAGGUCCUAGUCCAGGCCCUGGGCCUGUCCCAGGGCCAGUUCAAGGUGGCCCUGUCCCGGCCCAACAAGGUCCUCAUGGUCCUCCACCCCCACAGUCCCCUUCACAAGAACCUCAACAUAUGAAUAAUUAUGGAAUUCAGCAACAGCCUCCUCCAGGUGGAGCUUAUAGACAGCCACCUGCUGGCCCCCCACAAUCUGCAAGGCCAGGACCUGGCCCUGGUCCUGCAGGACCUCCUGGACCUGGACCUGGUCCACAUCCAGGGUAUCCACAAAGAGGCUAUCCCCAACAACAAGGGCAAUUUCCCAACCAAUAUCCUCCCCCUCAAGGGCAAGGAUACCCUCAAGGGCAAUAUCCUCCACCAAAUCAGCCACCCUACCCACCGAACCCUCAAGGCAGUUAUGGACAACCACCACCAACAAGUGGUUAUAAUAGUUAUCAGCAACCUGGAUAUGGAACCCCACCACCAGCAAGUGGUGGGCCUCCACCACAGUCUCAACCCCAGUAUGGAGGACCACCACCUAAUGGACCCGUACCAUAUUCCAAUGCUCCACCACCUCCCCAGAAUUAUGCACCUCCACCACAAGGUGGUUAUCCUCCACCACCACAACAACAAGGUUACGCACCUCCUCCGAAUUCGGGAAGUGGGCCGCAGCAAGGAGGUCCUCCGCCACAAGGACCUCCUCAAUCAGGAGGCUAUGGACCACCUCCGCCAUCUGAACAAGCUCCUCCGAAUCAAGGUAGAAAAACUCCACCACCACAAAAUUACGGACCAGCCGGCGCCCCCACUCCGCCCUUCUCGGGACCGCCUACCAACAACGCGAGUCCGUCCGUGAAUUCCGCUCCACCGCCAACUGCUCAGGGCGGAGGCAGUGCUGCACCUCCACCGCCAACUUCACAACCUUAUCCGGCACCUGGUCAAUCACCAUACCCUCCACCCAGCUCUCAGUCUAAUCCGAACGCUGGGUAUACUCCGCCGCCUCCCUCGCAAUAUCCUCCAUAUGGCGGUCCUCCUCCAGGUGCGUCCAACUAUCCUCCACCACCUCCACAAGGAAAUUACCCUCCGCAGCCGCAAUAUGCUCCACAGCAACAACAGCCACCGCCCCAGGGAUAUCCACAGCAGUAUCCACCGAGACAUCCAGGGCCUGCACCACAGGGUCAUCCAGGACCCUCGCCGGGACAUGCUGGAGCGCCUCCGGGACACGGAGGUCCACCAGGACAUCCGGGAGCUCCCCCACCAGGACAUCCGCAGGGUCCACCUCAGGGACACCCCGGGGCUCCUCCUCAAGGACAGUAUGGGGGAUAUAAUUAUCCUCCUGAGCCAAAUCAGCAGUAAAUUGACUGUUGUAUAAAAGCGGGUAGGUCUUAUUCUACUUUUGGACGUAUUUAUUGGUGUUUGUAUAAGUGUAAAUUUAGUUAAUUAGUCUUAGAAAUACAUGUUUUUUGAUUAUAGUUCAACUCAGAAGUACGUUUUUUGUUUAAAAAGUAUAAUAGCAACGAAAAAAAGAUGUUAAACUUAUGGUAGGAAUAUUAUAAUUUUUUUAUAAUAACUUAAAAAUUAAAUUAGUGCAUAUUUUUAAAAAUAUAUAGGUGUUCUCAGUA